AAGAAGCAGAUCGAGCAGCAGCAGGACUGGAGCAAACACUGUUGUCUCCGCCUCAUGUUUCGUCCUGGGGACUUCUGCUCCUGUCCGCUCUCCAAGCUGUUGUGACAAUAUUUAUUUUCUUAUUUUAAUUAUUUAGUAACAAAACAAUUGAAAAUUGGGGGGAAAAGAAGGGGACCGAGUCAUGGAGCUGUAUUGCUUGGAAUCGGACACAUCCGUGAAAGCCCAGCCAGACCCAAACAUCCUGAAUGAUGAGAGAGUCUUACAAAGUUUAUUAACCAUUGAGGACAGCUUUUUACCUCAAUGUUCAUAUUUCCAACGGGUCCAGAAGGAUAUUUACCCUUAUAUGAGACGAAUGGUUGCAGGUUGGAUGCACGAGGUGUGUGAGGAGGAGAAGACUAAUGAAGACGUCUUCCCAUUAGCCAUUAAUUAUUUGGACAGAUUUUUAGCAGUUGCACCCACAAGAAAGAGUUUUUUGCAGCUUCUGGGAGCCGUGUGCAUGUUCCUGGCUUCCAAGUUAAAGGACAGUAGGCCCAUAUCAGCGGACAAACUCUGCAUGUACACAGACAACUCCAUCACACCUCGGGAGCUGCUGGACUGGGAACUGGUCGUGUUGGGGAAGUUGAAGUGGAACAUGGCCUCAGUCAUCCCUAAUGAUUUCAUAGAGCACAUCAUGCGCAGGCUGCCCCUUCCUAAAGACAAGUCGGCGAUGGUCCACAAACACACGCAGACAUUCAUCGCCCUCUGCGCAACAGAUGACCGCCUUGCAAUGAACCCUCCUUCGAUGAUCGCCACCGGCAGCAUAGGAGCCGCCGUCUGCGGCCUGCAGCUGGACCACAACGACCAGAGGCUCAGUCGAGACAACCUGACAGACCUGCUGGCCAAGAUCACCAACACCGAGGUGGACUGUUUGAGGGCGUGCCAGGAGCAGAUUGAGCGCGUGCUGGCCUCCAGCCUGCAGCAGGGGCAGCAGUACCGCCAGGAGACCGGGGUCAGAGCCGGCAGCAAGGCCCGGGAGCAGCAGGACCAGUCCAGCACCCCCACAGAUGUGCGUGAUGUCAACUUAUGAACUGCCUCCAUCAUCUGACUCACACAGCACACGUGCCGGCCUACCAAUGAACUGCCGGGAAGCGAAGAGGGCAAGAGCUACCGUUUUCUUUGUCAAGUUGCUACUUAAGUGGUGGUGUGACAAUCUAUGAACUUUAGAAAUUAAGAAAUUUGUAGUUUUUCUCCUUUUUUGCCCCAUCCACACCCGUCUAAGGUGUGUUUUCACCUUUUGUCCGGGCCACAUGUAAUCCUACAAGCUAUUUAAAAAAACAACACCACAAUAAUAUGGUUUAAUUUUUGAAAACUUGAUAGUGCCUUAGGUUCCUCGAGAGGAAACCUGAAAACAUGUUCAUACUUGAAAAAAAAUAGCUUAAAUAUAUGAAAUAUACGUAUUUCUUAUAAAAAUAAAUGAUGUAUAUUUAGCUAGUAUUUAGUUCCUCUUUAACCACCUUUAGUUAGCAGUUAUCAAAUUACAGUUUCAGUGGGAUUUUUUUUUUUUUUUUUCUCAUCUGAAAAUCUAUAUAGCAGUGAUUGAAAUGCUGAUAAUACAGUACAUGACAUUAAAACCAAACUGGUAUCCAGCUGGAGCGCACUGCUCAGUCGAUCAUACCGUGCACCUGUAGCACUGCUUACUAUUUAUGCAGACGGAUGCCGGCUCCGAGUGGGCUGGGCCUGCUCGCAGAGGAACGACGGGGAGAAGGUCCGAGGGGUGGAGCGGUGGCGAUUGUCUGUUUGAACAAAGGUCUCGAUUCCACUGCGAACUCCAGACCGGAACGGAGUCCCUUUUGAGUUUAGCAAGGCUGCGUUGUUAUUGUACUGUUUUUACUUAAGCUCAUACGUAUUAGAGCGCAGUUUGGAGUGUUCAGUAGUUUGUUUGGAAGGGAUUUCGGGCUCAGGUAGCACUGAUGCCAUGUUUAUUAAAUAAAAAGGAGUUCUGGAAAGUUGUUUUUUUAUUAUUUUCUUCUUUUUUUUAAACCAAGUCUCAGAGAAAACAGAAGCAGGUCGAAAGGAUUUUUAGAGGUUUUGGAUGAAGAAAGCAUUUGGAAAGUUGUUAAAGAUUGCAAAAGUGUGGGUUGAUGAGUGAUUGUGAUCAACAUUGAGGAUUGAGCUUUACAAUGUUUCUGCAGUUGCACAAUACUAGGGUGACUUACAGGAGGAGGAUUGAUGUCUGUCAAUGAUUAUACCAUUUAACUUUUUAUCGAAACAAUAUUGAUGCACUUUUAAAACACGCUCCUUAAGAUUGGUAAGGGGAUAGUAGUAGUUUUUGUUUUUUUUCUGGGGUCAUCUGAUUUUCCUUUCUUUAAGUUAUUUGCUUUAUUUUCUUUUUUUUUUGGUUUAUUUUGUUUUCUUUCCUUACGGGCUGGAUUCCCAGGGGGUGACGCACGUUGUCUCAAAAGCUGUGCCUCAACUGGUAAGUAGACGCAGGAUAAUCGGCGCUCUAGUGUAAUAGUUUAUUAAAUAAGGCAAGCCAAGUCAAAUGUAGACCACAGUGCGUUUUUAUUUAAGCCUAAACUUGAAUUUCUUUUUCUUUCCCCCCUUUUUAGAUUUAUAACGACCCCUUUUCAUUAGUUCCUUCAGAAGCUAGCGUGCCUCCCUUGAAUAUUCUCGUUUUGUUCUUUUUAUGCAUAUUGCUUUCUUUACUGCAGUUUUAGAAUAACCAUUUGUGGGAAUUUUACACACAUAUAUAUAUAACCGAUUGAUGAACAGAAAUGCUUGAAAAUCCGCAUUACAAUUUUAUAACAGAAAUGUAGUUUCUGAUCUGUAUUCCUGCAUGUUCAACUGUGCUAAAAGCCAAAUGUUUUGUUUAUUUUUCCCAAAACGUGCUUUAAACUGAAAAUGUUAAUAAAUUUAAAUGUUCUGUUCUGAUUGAGAAGUUUCCAAAGUAAGAACAGUAGAUUAUAUACGACAUUCUCUUGCUGCUAUUAAGCUUUUCUUUCCUAGUCUUACACAAAAAUGCCUUACUCUCAUUCACUCGUGUGCUGCUAUAUUAUGAAAUUUUGUAAAUGUAACAAGUCUGCUUUUCUGUUGUUUGUGUACCGGAGGGAACGUAACACAGUUUGGUGCGGGACUGGAAGUACUUUCGUUUGCAGAACUGUUUAAUUAGCAUGUUUUAUUCGUUUGUUUUAGUUAUCUUUUGUUCCAUCUUUUCUCCAUCAUACUCUUGCUGCUUCUGUAUGUACCUCAGGAUAAUUAAAUUGGAUAGAGUGAGAGUCCAUAUCACCAUUACCUCAUCACACGUCACUUCACACACAUUGUCUUGACUCCUGAUUUUUUUUGAACGGGUUUCUUAUUUUUUUUGUUUUUGUUUUCCUGUCUGGAUGUUGAGAAUUGCCAGCUGCCAGAUUCCACUGAGAAAUGAAAAGUGCCUGCAGCAUACUUUAAAUUGGGUCCUUUCGUAUGUCUGGUGCUAAAUAAAGAAACAUCCUAUACUGUAUGUUAUUUGUGUAUCACAAAGGCAAAAAAAAAAAGUUUCCUAUUAGGACUUGUUUUGAAUCAGUCUGUUUUAAUAAAAAGGAAUGUUUAUUUCUGAGGUACCCAUAUAAUCAGUUUUACAAUUGUUCAAAGUGGUUGUUAGUCCAACUUUUUCUCUGCUAUACCCAUGUGCAACCACACAAUGUACCUCGGCAAUUUGUCCUUAAUAAAUUGGCUAAAAUCAA